GCAUCAGUUCAAAUCCAACAAGCGAGCAAAGCACUAGCAGAAGAGAGAAUAAAACGUGAGCAAGUCCUACACCAGAGGCAAAAGUUACCAAGAGAAGUUACCCCAAGUGAUUCGAAAGUAAAGUGAAAAGUUCACAUACAAAGUUUUACAUCAAAGUUCAAGUGAAAAAAAAAAAAUAAAUAAAGCAAAAAUGUCUGCGAUUGGAAUCGAUUUGGGCACGACGUACUCGUGCGUCGGAGUGUUCCAGCAUGGCAAGGUUGAAAUCAUCGCGAAUGACCAGGGCAACCGGACGACUCCCAGCUAUGUGGCCUUUUCGGACACGGAACGGUUGAUUGGCGAUGCGGCAAAGAACCAGGUGGCCAUGAACCCACGCAACACGGUCUUCGAUGCCAAGCGAUUGAUUGGCCGCCGAUUCGACGAUCCGAAGAUCCAGGCCGACUUGAAGCACUGGCCGUUCCAGGUGAUCAGUGACGGUGGCAAACCAAAGAUCGAGAUCGAGUUCAAAGGCGAACGUAAGCGAUUUGCACCGGAAGAGAUCAGUUCCAUGGUGUUGACCAAGAUGAAGGAAACUGCUGAGGCGUAUCUGGGCAAGUCGGUCAAGAACGCGGUCAUCACCGUUCCGGCUUACUUCAACGAUUCUCAACGCCAGGCCACCAAGGAUGCUGGAGCCAUCGCUGGGCUGAACGUUAUGAGAAUUAUUAACGAACCAACGGCAGCGGCAUUGGCCUACGGACUGGACAAGAACCUUAAAGGAGAACGAAAUGUGCUGAUCUUCGAUCUGGGUGGUGGCACCUUCGACGUAUCCAUCUUGACCAUUGACGAGGGCUCACUGUUUGAGGUUCGUUCCACGGCCGGAGAUACUCACCUGGGAGGAGAAGACUUUGAUAACCGAAUGGUGUCCCACUUUGUGGACGAGUUCAAGCGCAAAUACAAGAAGGACGUCUCGUCGAAUCCACGUGCUCUGAGGCGUCUACGAACGGCCUGCGAACGAGCCAAGCGUACACUGUCCUCGAGCACUGAAGCGACUGUCGAGAUCGAUGCCCUGCUGGACGGAAUCGACUACUACACCAAGAUCUCAAGGGCUCGAUUUGAGGAACUGUGCUCGGACUUGUUCCGUAACACGCUGCAACCGGUGGAGCGAGCCCUCUCGGAUGCCAAAAUGGACAAGAGCGCCAUCCAUGACAUUGUUCUAGUUGGCGGAUCGACCCGAAUCCCGAAAGUGCAGUCACUGCUGCAAAACUUCUUCUGUGGAAAAGCUCUGAACCUUUCGAUUAAUCCGGACGAGGCCGUAGCUUACGGUGCAGCAGUUCAGGCAGCUAUUCUGAACGGAGACAAGGAUGAAAAGAUCCAGGACGUUUUGCUGGUGGAUGUGGCUCCUCUAUCGCUUGGAAUUGAAACUGCCGGAGGAGUGAUGACCAAGCUAAUUGAACGCAACAGUCGCAUUCCAUGCAAGCAAACUCAAACCUUCUCAACGUACGCGGACAACCAACCAGGAGUCUCGAUUCAGGUGUUUGAGGGAGAACGAGCCAUGACCAAGGACAACAACCGGCUGGGUCAGUUUGAUUUGUCCGGAAUUCCUCCGGCACCACGUGGCGUUCCACAGAUUGAGGUCACUUUCGACUUGGAUGCCAACGGAAUCUUGAACGUGUCGGCCAAGGAAAUGAGCUCUGGCAAGGAGAAGAACAUCACCAUCAAGAACGACAAGGGACGACUCAGCCAGGCCGACAUUGACCGGAUGGUUUCGGAAGCGGACCGGUUCCGCGAGGAAGACGAAAAACAGAGAGAACGCAUCGCGGCCAGAAACCAACUGGAGGGCUAUUGUUUCCAGCUGAAGCAGACUCUGGACACGGCCGGGGAUAAACUGAGCGAUUCGGAUCGGAACACGGUCAAGGACAAAUGCGACGAAACGCUUCGAUGGCUGGACGGAAAUACGAUGGCCGAGAAGGACGAGUUUGAGCACAAGAUGAAGGAGCUGAACCAGGUGUGCAGUCCGAUCAUGACGCGGUUGCACCAGGGAUCGAUGCCCGGUGCAGGUGCCACCAGCUGUGGACAGCAGGCGGGAGGAUUUGGUGGACGAGGAGGUCCCACCGUUGAGGAGGUUGACUAAAAGAUGUCUUAGUUUUAUGAAUUGAUUAUGGUUUUAGGAUUUAUUUAUAAUACGUUGACUGAUUAGUUUGUAAAGAUUUAUUUUAAGUUCAGAUUUUCAAUUGUAACAUAUUAUUUUAAUUUAACAAAAUAAAGUAAUGGAUAGUAUCAGCUCUAA